GAUUAAAAGAGCAUGUAGGGGAUGUCAAUAGUGUUCACAACCAAGCAAAGAGAGAUUGUGAUGCCUUGUUAAAUCGAGAACAACACAUUUAUGUUGCACUUAAUAGGCAAAGUGAUGCUGAAAAGAUUGCUUAUUAUACUCGUCUAAAUGGAUCAGUUGAUACUGCCAGAGUGUUAUUGAAGCAAGGGUUGGCUUUCAGAGGUCAUGAUGAGUCUGAAGAUUCCUUAAACAAAGGAAAUUUCAAGGAAUUUGUUGCGUAUACAGCACAACAAAAUCUAGCACUAGGCAAGGUUGUGGCCCACAAUGCUCCAGGUAAUAAUAUGAUGAUUUCUCCAAAGAUUCAAAAAGACAUAGUUCAUUGUUUUGCAAUGGAAAUAUUGGACUCUAUUCUUGAAGAAAUUGGGAAUGAUGUGUUUUGCUUGCUAGUUGAUGAGUCAAGGGAUGUGUCCAGUAAAGAACAAAUGGCGGUGGUUUUGCGAUACGUAGAUAAAUAUGGAAUUGUCAAAGAAAGGUUUGUUGGUCUUGUCCAUGUGAAAGAGACAACUUCAGCAUCCCUCAAGUCUUACAUUGAUGCUUUAUUUGUGAAAUAUAAUCUCAGCUUGAAGCAACUUAGAGGCCAAGGAUAUGAUGGUGCAAGCAACAUGCGAGGUGAGUUUAAUGGCUUACAAUCAUUGAUUAUGAGAGAAAAUAACUCAGCAUACUAUGUUCAUUGUUUUGCCCACAAGCUUCAAUUGGUUGUUGUGGCUGUUGUAAGGAAGCAUACAGGCAUUGGUAAUUUUUUUGAUAUGAUUUCUGUCUUGUUGAAUGUGGUGGGUGCAUCUUCUAAAAGAAAAGACAUGAUUCGAGAUAUCAAUCAAGAACAUGUAAGAAAGGCCUUAGGUUGUGGUCAGCUUAAAACUGGGACAGGUUUAAAUCAAGAACUAAGUCUUCAAAGACCUGGUGACACUCGUUGGAGUUCACACUACAAGACUCUUAAGAGUUUGGUUGAUUUGUUCCCAACAAUUAUCAAGGUGCUAGAAUAUGUGGAAAAAGAAGACAAGGAUGACAAAAAUAGAAGGCAAGCAUUUGGUCUGCUAGUUUAUUUCCAAUCAUUUGAUUUUGUCUUCUAUUUGCAUCUUAUGUUGACAGUUUUAACAAUCACAAACUCCUUGUCGUUAAUUCUACAACGGAAAGAUCAAGAUAUUGUAAAUGCCAUUGCAUGUGUCAACUCAACUAAAAGUCUUUUGGGUGAACUUAGGAGAGAUGGUUGGGAAUCUGUGUUAGGUGAAGUUUAUGCCUUCUGUGAUAAGUAUGACCUCUCCAAAUUGGAAAUGGGAGAUGAUUAUGUGAAUCCAACGAAGCCACGUCAAAAAACUGGAAUUACCAACCAACAUCAUUAUGAAGUGGAUUGUUUCAAUGAUGUCCUUGAUUGGCUACUACAAGAGUUAAAUACUCGCUUCAAUGAGAAAACAUCUAAGUUGCUUGUCUACACUGCUGCUUUGAGUCCAAGAGCAUCAUUUAGUGAAUUUAAUUUGGAGCAUUUGAUGAGUCUUGCUAAACUUUAUCCUAAUGAUUUUAAUGAUGGGGAAUUGAGGGACCUUCGACAUCAUCUUCGCCUCUACGUUGCCGAUGUGCAAGCCGAUGCAAGAUUCUCUAACAUAGAGUCUAUUGGUGUGCUUUCUCAAAAAAUAGUGGAAACAAGGAAACAUAUUUGCUAUCCUUUGGUUUAUCGGCUAUUGAAGCUUGUAUUAGUUUUACCUGUGGCAACUGCUACAGUAGAGAGAUGUUUUUCAGCCAUGAAAAUUGUGAAAUCACAUUUGCGCAAUCGCAUUGGUGAUGAAUACUUGAGUGAAAGUCUUAUUUGCUAUGUGGAGAAACGCGAAUUGGAGAGAGUUACCAAUGAUGUUCUAAUCAAUCGCUUCCAAAAUUACAAAAAGCGUAGAGUCGAAGACUAAAAUGAUAUUAUGGCUGGAUGUUAUUUUUUUGCUAAUGGAGAUCAUCUAGUGUAUGCAUUUUGGAACUUUAUCUAUCAACUGAAUUCUGAAAUUUUGUUGGAUUCAUAUAUCAAGGUUUCAGUGGUCGAACUGGGAGUGGGAUGCAUGAUGACAGGCUUUGGCAGCCACAAGGCCCUGGGCAUUGAUACUUGAUACUGCAGUGCAGUCAUUUACUGAUAGAAUGAAAAGGGUGUAUAGUUGUUGUAUGCUUGUGCCAAAGCAUAAUCUGCAGUUAUUGACUAUUUUGCAAUCAAUGCCUUACAGAUUGUAUAAAGUUUUUGGAAGGCCUUGUAUUCUUGUUACGGACGGGGAAUGUUGAACUGCGAUCACUUUAUGAUUCUGUUGAGUGAAUUCAAAGCUUGAAGACUAUCAUCCGUUCACUUUGUUAUAA